CUUUCAUUCCUGAAGAAUAAUUUUUUUUUCUAAGUGUCAAGACCCAUGACAAUGCAAUAAAUAGAAAAAUAUGGUUAACAAAAUAAAAACUGUCUUCACCACUUAAUCACCUAAAGUAAGAUGUCUCGUUUAGAAGCUAAAAAGCCAUCUUUGUGUAAAAGUGAACCACUGACAAGUGAGAAAGUCAGGGCCACACUUUGUGUCUUGAAAGGAAUCCUGACAUCGAGCUAUGGCCCUUCGGGGAGGCUGAAGCAGGUGCACAGUGGCCUUGGAGGCUGCGUGUGCACCACCUCACAGUCGUCAGCCCUGCUCUCUAACCUUCCCGUCACCCAUCCCAUUUUAAAGAUCCUGACAACAUCCACAAAGAAUCAUGUGUCAUGCUUCAGUGACUGUGGCUUAUUCACAGCCAUUCUUUGCUGCAAUCUGAUUGAAAAUGUUCAGAGAACAGGCUUGACACCCACCACGGUUAUUAAAUUAAACCAGCAUCUUUUGCGCCUCUGCACCCAUUACCUCAAGUCUGAGUCCUGUGGUUGUCGAAUUCCAGUUGACUUUAGCAGUCCUCAGACCCUCCUCUGUUUGGUGCGCAGUGUAGUAACAAGUAAGCCCGCCUGUAUGCUCACCAGAGAGGAAACAGACCAUAUCAGUGCUUUGGUUCUGAAAGCCUUUUUGCUCACAAUUCCAGAAAACACCAAAGACCGCCUCAUUUUAGGAAAGAGUAUAAUUGUGCCUUUAAAGGGUCACAGAGUUCUAGAUUCUACUGUACUCCCUGGAAUACUUAUAGAAGUGUCAGAAGUUCAACUGAUGAAGAUCUUACCCAUCAAAAAAUCAGAUGCCUUCAAGGUGGCACUCUUUUGUUCUUCUUUAUCCGGAGAUCUCUCUGAUACUGGAGAAGGAACUGUGGUGGUCAGUUCCGGGGUCUGUCUUGAAAAUGCAGUCCUGGAGCAGUUGCUUAACCUAGGAAGGCAGCUAGUUAGUGAUCAUGUAGACCUUGUCAUGUGCCAAAAAGUUAUACACCCAUCUUUGAAACAGUUUCUCAGUAUGCACCGGGUAAUUGCCAUUGAUAGAGUUGGAGUGGCUCUGAUGGAACCCCUGAGUAAAGUGACAGGAACACAACCUAUUGGUUCCCUAGGCUCAAUCUCUCCUAGUAGUUACGGAAGUGUGAAAGAUUUGUGUCCAGCAAAAUUUGGCUUCAAACAUUUUCUUCAUCUAAUUCCUAAUGAAGCAACUAUCUGCAGCUUGCUACUCAGCAACAGAAGUGACACUGCCUGGGAUGAGCUGAAGCUCACUUGUCAAACCGCACUGCACGUUUUGCAGUUAACAAUCAAGGAACCAUGUGUUUUGUUGGGAGGCGGCUGUACUGAAACUCAUUUGGCAGCAUAUAUCAGACACAAGACUUGUAACGAGCCAGAAAGCAUUCUCAGAGACAACGGAUGUACUCAAACAGAACUUCAGCUACUCACUGAAGCAUUCUGCCGUGCAUUAGAAUCUGUCGCUGGCUCUUUAGAACAUGAUGGAGGUGAAGUUCUUACCGACAUGAAGUAUGGACACUGUUGGUCCAGUCAGGCAGAGUCUCCCUCUGUUGUUAACUGGCCAGAUUUGCUUUCAAGGUGUGGCUGUGGGCUAUGCAAUAGCCAGGAAGAACUCCGCUGGUCGUUCUUGAAGACUACUCAGCAUCCCAUUGCACCACAAACCUGCCUUCCACAUGAAGCUAUAGGCUCAUCCAACAACCUGACCUUGGACUGUUUCACGGCUAAGCUUAGUGGCCUGCAGGUGGCUGUGGAGACAGCCAAUUUGAUUUUGGAUCUUUCAUAUGUCAUUGAGGAUAAAAACUGAUAGCACAGCAUGUUUAUAUUAUAGACAAACAAAAAAAUCUAGUCAGGCGUCAAUUAAGAAAAAUAUUGAGUGUAUUUUUUUCUCUCCCCAUAUUCUGCUUAUCUGGAUAGAUUAUUCAUAAAAUUACAGAGAUACUUACAUAUGGGGUAAAAGUAUGAUUCUUAAGUAGAAAUACCAUAAAAUAUUAAAAAUAUGAAGCAUUAUUAUUAAAGAUAUUAGAGUAUCUUAGGGUUUCCACAGAAUACCACUGUAUAUUGUUAUUUUGCCAUCACUCAAGAAUCUGCAGAAAUUUAAAAAUUUCCCAAUUUAUAAAAAAAAUUUACUAAUCUAUGCUCUGAUUUGGAUAUACUUAGUAUACUUUUUAGUAGUUAUUAAACAUGUUUAAAGUGUAAAAUUAGAUUCCAGAGUAUCACAAAGCACCUAAUAUAUAUUGCUCAAUCAAGAGAAGUGCUCAAACUACACAUCUAGUAAAAUUUCGAUGUUCUUUACCUGAGGCCCUAUCAUUCAAGGGUUAAGUAACUGAUUUUGAACCUGACCUACCUAUAAUUUUUAGUUUUUCUCACAGUUCAUUUGUGUUAUUUUGAAGAAAUGUGUGAUUGGGGAAAAAAUUACUUACAUAGUAACAAAGCAGAUAGAGAAAAGAAGUGGAAAAGUUAUUUCUCUAGUUCACUCAGUAGUGUAAAGAAGAAACCAAAACAGCUCUCAUAGUCAAAGUAGAGACACUGAUGUUUCAUCAAAGAAUGUAAUUUGAAUGUUAUGCAAAUGCAAUCAAUGUGUCGAUAAAUUGAAGAAGAAAUACAGAAUGCAGCUUGAGGAAUACAUAUGGGGCUAUAGCAGAUGCUGUAUUAAGUCUUAGGAAAAUGUUUUGAAAAUUUUAGGAAAAUUAAACGAUGUGUAAGAGUCAGAUCCAUAGCCAUGAUAGAAGGAGAUAGAAUUUUUAAGCAAUUUCCUCCAAUAUUCUUGUAAUGCAAAAGAAUUUUUAUCCAGAGCCAAAGAAAAAAAAUCCAAUACAAUCUCACAAGGAAUGCAAUAUAUAUUGAAAACUCAGCUGCACUUCAUGCUUCAUAAAAUAACUGCUCUUAAACCUUACUUCCUUUAUUAUUAGAGUCAAAUAGAAGGGCAGUGUGGUAGGCAGCCUAUAAGAGGCCACCAGUGACUCCUCCCUCACUCCUGGUUUUCACACCCUUGCAUAAUCCCCUCCCUUCCCAAGCUUGUAGAGACUGGAUGUAGAGACUCCUCUGAGUCUCCAUUCCCUGCCUUGUGAACAGGAAUGUCUUACUGCAGUACUCCUAUGCCUGCUUUAUUAUUGUAUGUUGGGCGUGGUAGGCAGAUGACUUGUCCCAUUAGCUUCUUGGGUCUAUCAAUGGAGAGGAGGUCCAGAAGCUGCACUUAAAGAGAAGCCUCACCCACCCUGACUUGGUUCCAGUGAUAAGAUUCCUGACUCCAAGGUGACAUUGUAAUGCAAUGAGACUUCUGGGAAAAUGGGGAGUUGGGAAUGUAUUUUGCAUGCUUAUGGGCAUCCUCUAAGAAGGCUCCCUGAUCUCAUUUCCCGGUAAUGCAUCCUUAGGGUGUGCAUGGGACAUAAUGAUUGGCUUUUAAUAUAUAUAUACAGCAGAAGUGGUGGGGUGUCACAUUGUAAAAAGAGGGUCUUCUCUGGAUCUCUCACUCACUCCCCCUAAUGGGGACCACCUGCCAGGUUGGAAACCAGCUAUCAAGAGGCCCACAUAGCAAGAGACUGAGAAAGACUUCCAGCCAACAGCCCACAAGGAACUAACUCCUACUGACAACCACAAGAGUGAUUUUAGAAGCAUAGCCUCUUUAGCCGAGCCUCAAAAGUAGCCCCCACCACUGCAGUCACUCAAGAAGCCCCAAAGCAGAGAACCUAGCUAAAUUACUCCCGGAUUGAUUCCUGACCCACAAAAUAUGAAAGAUAAUAAAUCUUUAAUCAAG